GUUCAAUUCACAGUCGAGGCUCGCAGGCCGUGUAGGUGCAGGCGAUAGGCCGAUAGGCGAUUACUCAGCGCACAGUCAUGCAGACUAGUCGCGCCAUCCCGUGCUGAUCCGACACGGCCGCCGCACAACAGCUGAGUCGCUUGGCGACCGCUGACUUGUUUAAUCGGUACGAUACGGACACGUCUCUUCGUUCAAUUUAAAAAUAAUAAGCAACUACAAAACAGUAAAUCGGAACCCAAAUUGAAAAAAAAACAAUUAAAAAGUCUGUGACACAGAUUCAGGACGCGCGCUCCAAUUUCGAAUUCUCCGCGGGAGUUCAAACGGUUGACGUUCAAACUUCAAACGGUCAUGUUUUUGUGUCAAAUUUUGUGAAUGUUGUGUAUUUGAGAAUUUUAAGUAUUUUACAAAAAAUCGCACUUUACUGAGUUUCUGAUGACGUUUUCAAUAUUUUUGUAAGAGAGGACAAAGUUGUUUUUGUUCAACCGUAAAUAAAUUGGUCUUCCAUAGCUUUUCUCUGAACAGUGAAAAAUUCUCAGAAAUGGAGAAGAGUAGUGGUUCCAGACUUCUGCAAAUGCAGGCAAGGUUUCAACAGAAACAGAUGCAAGAGCGCGAGUUAAAGAUCGCCUCCCUGUACGAAGCCCAGCAGGCGCGCGCAUUGGACCGCGUACGGCAUUCGCCGAGCAGCACCGCCACAUCGCCGCCGCAGCAGACUAUAUCUACGGCUCCGUUACCACAUCACCCUGGCAAGGUGAGGCAAAUGUUCGAGGAGCGACGCACUAAAGCUGGCAUCGACAAAAGCUACCCCUUACAACCUAUCCAAAACACGGAGCGGGCCAGGAAACCGCUACCGAAUGGCUACACUAAAGUCACCGCCAGCGCCGCUUCCAAGGUUACAGAGAAGAGGUCUGUCAGGACACAGAAUACGCAUGUGAACUCGCACACAGUCAAAAAACAGCACCAUAAAAUAGAAAAUUUAGUCAACGGAUCCGGAGAUCUCAAUCAUAACCACGAUCCGGAUUUGAACAAUUCAAAUAAAAAUCACAAAGAACUGCCAAAAAGCAACGGCGAAGUGAUAUCUCGCAUCGACGAGCUCGACCGAGCGGACAACAAUUACUUGCUGGAGAACGAGACCUUCCCCGUUGCGCUGGAGCCCGCGCCCACGCCUCGGUCACCGGAGCCCGAGCCCAAGAAGCCGCCCAGAAGAGCUCCCGCACCACGAACUAGUCCUACUCGUGCGAAACCUCAGACCACACCUGCCGCGCCACCCAGAAGAACUACUAGUGACAAUUCCGUCCCGGACAGCAGUAAAGCCCGUGGGGCGAUGCAGCGAACUGCGAACGCGGUACCUAAGCGACUGGCAUCGAGUCCUACGGGCGUGAAGAGUCGUUCUAGCGCGUUGUCCUCAAGCUCACCGGGAUCCGGCGCCGUGUCCGGCGGGUCCGGCGGGUCCGGCACGCCGUGCACCGUGUGCGGGCGCCGAUUCGCGCCGGACCGGCUCCCCAAGCACCAGGAGAUCUGCAAGAAGGCGCACGCCAAGAAACGGAAGCCCUUCGACGCUCUGAAACAUCGGCUGGCAGGUACGGAAGCGGAACCGUUCAUCAACAAACUGCGCAAGACGGGCGCCAACCCUUCAAGCAACAAGGUGGCGAGCACGAAGCCAGUCGGCAACAACAACUGGCGGCAGAAGCACGAGGAGUUCAUACAAGCGAUACGCGCCGCCAAGCAGGUGCAGGCGCAUCUCAACGCGGGCGGCAAGUUGAGCGAUCUACCGCCACCGCCUCCAUCGGAGAACCCUGACUACGUGCAGUGUCCGCACUGCAGCCGCCGCUUCAACCAAUCAGCGGCCGAACGGCACAUCCCCAAGUGCUCCAGCUACCAGUUCAACAAGCCCAAACCCAACGCUAGGAAGCGGUAACCAAACACCAAGCGAUCUCACUUGUCGCCCCUUUAUGUCAACUCAAUAAUUGCCACUGGCAACAUUUUAAUAAUCACUACUGGCGAUACUGUUAUAAUCCCCCUGGCAACAUUAUAAUCUUUACCGCUUAACACAGAUUAUACUGUUCUUAUUACCGCUGGCAAUUUUGUAAUAACCACUACUGGCGAUUCUGUAAUAGUUUUCCCUGGCAAAACUUUAAUCUUAACCGGAUAACAAAUUCUACUGUUCUCGAUUGACAAAUUGAUAGUUGAUAUUACAAACAUUUUAAAAAUUUCUUUAAGCAAGUGAUCUUUGGCUGUUAGCGUUACUAAUUUAGUCGUUAUAAUUAUAUAUUAAGUUCCGAUGUUCUCAGAGUAACC